AUGCUAGAAUACAAGAAUACAGGGAUGAUGAUGGAAAAGAUACUCGAUGAGCCAUUACAUGGAUGGUAUAUACAUGGUAAGGCUCCUAGUGGCUUUGCUGAUUGUAGUACUGCUCAAUUGAUGUGCAACUUACAUGAUGAGAGGGAUAAUCUAUUAUUAAAACGGGGACUUCUUCCAGAUGAUCCACAAAGAUGUCAUCUACAAACAUAUGAAAUGUUCUCUGUUAUCGAUAAGAUCAAAGCUGCUGCUUAG